AUGAGCCCAGUGAUAGCCGUGGAUGCCACUCAUAUAAAAUCUAAGUACAAGAGUGUUAUGUUUGUAGCAAAUGCAUUCGAUGGUAAUCGAAAUAUAUAUCCUCUUGCUUUUGGGAUUGGGAAUUUGGAGAUGAAUGCAUCAUGGCAUUGGUGUUUCACUAAACUUCAUGAAGCCAUUGGUGAGUGUCCCAAUCUUGUUAUCAUUUCUGUUACGGAGUUGCAGGGUAUCCCACCGCCCAAUUCUGUUACGGAGUUGCAGGGUAUCCCACCGCCCAAGUAG